AUGUUGAUCAAAAAACUAUUGUUUAGUAUACUAGUGCUACAGAUAAAUGAAGUUCUAUCAAAGAGAAAUUGCAAUGACUGUCAACUAUUAACCACAUGCAAUGAAGCCAUGGACCUUAAUCGCUUUAAACAGGAUCAUGAUACAAGGAAGCUUUUCUUGAAUGCCUUUUGUGGUUGGGAAACUGACGACGACGAAAUGCGCCCUAAGGUAUGCUGCUCAGACUUCCAACCACUCUUUAAACCGCCUUUAGACCUAACAAACGAUUCAGCUGCGAGGUUAUUACCGAAAAAGUGUGGAACUAUUUUGUCCUCUAGGCUUCUUGGAGGCCAAAGAAGUUUUCCUAAUCAAUAUUCAUGGACAGCCUUAAUCGCCUACAAAACACGAGACGGACCUCAAUUUCAGUGUGGUGGAAGUGUCAUAAACUCAAAAUAUAUUCUGACAGCGGCUCACUGCGUUCUGGACAAGGAGAUAGAGGGUGUGAGAGUAGGAGAAUAUGACACCACAACAGAUAGAGACUGCGACUACUCACCAUUGUAUUCGUGUGCUGAUCAUGUUCAGGAUUUCCAUGUCGUAACGCUUAUCCCUCAUGAAAAGUAUGACAAAUCAACGCAUUUAAACGACAUCGCUUUAUUGCGACUUGGAGGCGAGAUCAACUUUAAUAACACUUAUAUCGAACCAAUCUGUCUACCAACAUCUGCAGCACUGCGUAGCAAAGACCUGGAUAAAACAAGUGGUGUCGUAGCUGGUUGGGGCUAUACAGAAAGAGGCCAAGAAUAUGCUGUGUUACAACAUCGUGAAAUGCACCUUAUUACCAAUGCCGAGUGCUCAAAUUUGUUUAACAGAUAUAAACAUGAUCCUAUAAAUCAGUUCUGCGCCGGAAAUCUGAAUGAGAAUUCUUGUAUUGGAGACUCGGGUGGUCCCAUCAUAAUAGAAAAUGAUUAUAAUGGCACCUAUCGCUAUGUUCAAUAUGGUAUUAGCUCGUUUGGACCAGUGUCAUGUGGAAAUCAUUUUCCAGCUGUAUUUACAGAUGUUAGAAAAUACGUUGAUUGGAUUUUAGAUCAUAUAAGAGAAUAA